UUCAUGAUAGUUGUCUAUUAAUUUUCUGAUUUCAUACAUUCAUUACAGACCAUGGUACAAUGUAUGGUAAAAAUCGUUAAAGACAGAUCCUCCUCAUUGGAAAAUUUGAAACCUUACUCAUAUUAUGCCUACGAAAUUGAAACGGAAAAGUUUUGAUGCCCAUCAGUGAUGAGGCUGAAUCUUGUGAUGCGAGUGACGUUCAUUUUCUUGACAGGCGUCGUGGUUACGGGCGUGCUGCUGCUGUUGCUACCAGGGUUUUUCAGAAUUUCGACGGAACUGAAACCUAAUUCUCAGAGCCAAGUCUUUUCAAAUUCAGCCUUCAAUUCUCUGAACGUGGAUUAUGACUCAAAAGAAUCACUUCCGCCUGGAACCUUACAUCAGAAAAUCAGAAUAUUGUGCUUGGUCGUGUCGCACCCAGGCCAGCACACAACACAGGCGAAGGCUGUACACUUCACGUGGUCUCAGCGAUGCACCCAAACUUUCUUCAUCACAAACCUGGAGCCUCUCACCACCGAUGACGAUUACCUGAGCGCUGUGUGCGGCAUCCUCGCGGUAGCCGGAAAUAUUGGAGAUAAACUCCAGCAGUUCAAGGCAGAAUAUUGUGUACAAGACGACACCACGACACCAUCGGCCGAGAGCACUUCAUCCCUGUCACCCAGCGAGUCGCCCGUGCCAGAUAUGCGCGACUAUCCAGAAUGGGUGGAAUGGUUCACGCCGUCUCUUCCUAUGCUCUUCGUACCUCAGACGGAUCCUGGCAGACUUGGGCUUUGGAAUAAGACGAAAUUCGCUUACCUGCACGCCUACCAGCAUUUCUUGACCGACUUCGACUGGUUCCUCAAGGCUGACGACGACACUUACUUCAUCAUGGAAAACCUCAGAAGUUUGCUGCAGCUCCACGAGCCUACCGAGCCUGUCUACUUCGGUUGCAAUUUCAGAAAGACCGACAAUUUGGGCUAUAUGAGCGGCGGAGCGGGGUACGUUCUCAGCCGCGCAGCCCUUGAAGCCUUCGCUGCCGUGGUCCAGGCGAACGCAUCUCUGCUGGACAACACUUGGCCCGAGGACCUCAACAUGGGCCUAACGCUGGAAGAGGCAGGCGUCACGCCAGGCGAGUCCCGCGACGUAGAAGGGCGGCCGCGGUUCUUCCCUCUGUCUGCUCGUUCCCUCGCCCACCCUCAGGACGGCAGCGUGCCUGACUGGUACUGGCAGCUCACGGCGUAUGCUCACCACACGGGCCCGCAGUGCUGCAGUCCCUCGGCCAUAUCCUUCCACUACAUGACGGACGCUGACAUGUACUUCACUGAGCUGCUGCUGUACAAUGUACGUCUCAGUCGUGUGUGAGGUGCGACAUAUCAUCCUGCAGAUGAUGGUGGAUGAUUCGGUACUUUGCUAUCAUCAGGCAGAUGGUGAAUGAUUCAGAUCUUUGCUAUCAUCACACAGGUCAUGGUGGAUGAUUCAGAUCUUUGCUAUCAUCACAGAGUUCAUGGUGUAUCAUUUAUUUUUUUUCUAUCAUCACUCCUCAAAUGAUGGAAUGCCACCAGCUCCGGAUUGCCCUUACGCGCGAAAGUUUACUACAUGACACGAAUUCCGUGAAAGUUCUAAAGCGGUUCAGAAAAUAAAGUUCUAACGUCAGAUAGUUCCUGUCGUUGGCAGUGAUUUUUUUUCGACGGCUUUAUUGGAACAAAAUGAACGAAUAAAUACACGAUGCGUUAAUGGUACAAAGGACCAAUAAUGCUUCCGAAAUUAAUAAGUGUGAGAUUCCAUGAAAAAUGUGAAGAACCUCACAUUUGAAAACGCUUACCCUUUCUGAUCUUAUUCGUCCGAAAAUAACUAUGGAUUCCAGUAUCUAGGUUUUGAAAAAUAAUCACAUAAUCAUUUACGAAGCGUUAUUGUUGAUGCGUGAAUACUAAGCUUAAGUACCUGAUAAGGUGCCAUUUAUUAGUCAUAUAAUUAAUAAAGAUAUAUAUUCUUUAA